CCACGACCGUCACAAAACCCAACCCGAGUGCACACGCCCGACACUUAGGGAAGCAAGCAGUCCCCGUACCUACCCCCUACGACAUGAAAGCGGCCAAGCGCACAACCCACUUGCCCCAGCUCUCGUCCCCCCUGCCACCCAUUCUGUCCUUUUCGAUGGCCACCGAAGACGUCAGCUGCUGGCGGGUGUGUAGCUCCUGGGCAGCCGUGAAGCGCGGCAGGUGCAUCACAUCGCGCUCGUCGAGAGGCCCAUGCGCCCAUGGGACGCGCACCGGGGGAAGGGUGUGUGGGGGAGGAUAGGUGGUGGCGUAUGUCAGCACGGCCCGGCUGGCCGUGGGGAUCUUGCGACGAAACACACCACUCCCACCUUGCUGCAGGCAGACACAGAAAGAUAUCAAUAAAUGAACAGCGGGGCUGUCAAUGCAUUCAUUCUUUACCGGCUGCUCUUUCACAUUCGCCCGCGCCUUCGUGUCCUUCGUCUCGCCCUUCCUUGGCCCGCAGAAGAAGCCCCAGAACGAGCUGGGCUGCUUGGUCCCUUUGGCUUUCAUGCUCCUCUCUGUCUGCAGCUUCUUCGCAUGCACCUCUUCCAUAGCCGCCUGGCCCUCCUUCAUCGCCCUGUCGGGUUUCUUCGUUUCUCUCGUAUCUUCAGUGUUCGCUCCCCGCCUGAUGUCCUCCUUCUCGUCCUUCCUGGGUGCAGAGAAGAAUCCCCAGAGUGAGCCGGGCCGGUCGGGCGGGUUGGUCCCUUUGGCUCUGCCUCGCUGGCGUAUGAGCAGCGGCUCGCGGUACGGAAACCCUGAGCCGACAUCCUCGUGGGUGGCACCCUUGAUCUCAGUGCAUGCCCUCCUGAGGCCCUCAGUGGCAACGGUGGUCACCCUGAUGUCGUCAAAUGCACCGCCUUUGCGGGGACAGGCGACAGCGGCUCCAGCUGCUGAAGACGUCUGCGGGUGCCGUGUCUCUCGGUGCGCCAUGGUUUUCUUGUGCUCCGCCAUCGAGAGUGGCGCUAUGGUGCGGUGCUGGUAGUCCCUCAGGCUUUGGCUGUCCAGCUGCGCGAGGUGCGGGCAGUCCUCUUGGAGGAUCUCGUCCAUCAGCUCAUCCCCCAACACCUUGAUUCGAAGACAAAGGAGAGAGAGCAACACGAUCAUGCGGGGACGCUCGCCUCGUUCCUGUGCCACCCAUGCAUUGUUCAUUCCUGUGCCUCUCACCAUUCGUGGCGGGAGGUAUGUGCCCAGAUUCUCAUUAGCGACGCCAGAACCGGGAUGACCAUCGGCUGCUCGAGCACUCGUCACUUUGAUGUCGUCAAAUGCACCGCCUUGGCCACACACAGCGUCGAACACUUUCCCAGUGCUGCACCAAACGCCACACACAUGCGAUCAAUGCACAUAUACUUCUCUGGCCCCAUUGAUUUGCUGUGUGGUCAUUAGCUUACUGUCCGCUGCCGACUUCCUCGCCCAUCUGGUAGAUGUCAUUGAUAUCGGCGGCCGACUGGAUCAAUGAAUGCUCACUGCGAUGCGGCUGAGGCACCAGCCCCCAAACCUGACCCCCAUUGGCGGUCGGAGAGUCGCCUACACUGCCUGGUGAGGGGUAGGGCUGGGGAGGGGGGCAGCUACACAUGUCAGCGGGGUCGGUGACGUCCGUGCCCUCACGGUCCCCCUCAGCGAUGGUCUCGAGACCUCCGGCGCCGAAGCCCUUCUGCUCCCGCAGCCGAUAGCCCCUCUGCCGCCCAUCAGUCAGUGUCCCGGAUGAGGGCGAUGGCCUCAACCAUUCCUGAGCCGUCUUGUCCGAGCGAUUACAGGGCUGCGAAGCUCGGUCUGCAUUGUUCUCUGGCUGCUGGUGUGCACUGACGACGCUGCCGUCACCAGCAGUCGGACUCCCCAAACCACACGCUAGAGACAGCGAGACAAAGAAAUAGGAGAGAGACACACACAAAGAGAGGCGAAGCUGACUGACUUCAGCGGUCACUCUGUCUGUGUCUGUGUUGGGGCGUUGUGGGAGCCUACCCUGCUGUUGUUGGAUGUGCGGUGUGCUGCUGAAGUUGGCCACAUUGGGCGGGCCAGUCAGGUUGCGCUCUGCACACAACAUAAUAUGUAACACAUCACAUGACAGAUACAGAAUCAUCUCUGGUGGUCUGGUGUGAUGGGGUGGGGUGGCGUACCUGACAUACCAGCAGUCCCGCCAGCCAGGUGGGUGGGGCUCAGCGGCUGGCUCCCAUCCGCCGCCCUCUCCCCUCCCACAACGUCCUCACACCCACGGAAAUCCCCCCAUCCGUCGUCCUCAUCACUAGCUUCGACUACCACCUCGUCGGGCCCGGCGUCAUGCAAAUCGUUGUGUGGGCUGGCCUUGGGAGGAUGGGAGGGCUGGGGAGGGUGGCAGCUACACAGCCGAGCGGGGUCGGUGACGUCCGUGCCCUCACGGCCCCCCUCAGCGAUGGUCUCGAGACCUCCGGCGCCGAAGCCCUUCUGCUCCCGCAGCCGAUAGCCCCUCUGCCGCCCAUCUGUCAGUGUCCCGGGUGAGGGCGAUGACGCCAGCGAUUCCUGAGCCGUCUUGUUGGAGCGAUUAGAGCGCUUCAAAGCUCGGUCUGCAUUGUGGUCCGGCUGCUGGUGUGCACUGACGACGCCGUCACCAACAGUCGGACUCCCCAAAACCACAACAUAUGGGUUGUCCACGGGGGAGCUCUCGGGGGGCGACAUGGUUGGCCCAAACCACGGGUGAUCCAACGCCUCUUGAGCUGACACAACACACACAUCACACAUGCAUGACAGACACCGGAAAUGUCUCGCAAGGUACCCAGGUGGGAGAGCUCCUGUCUCUGUGCGAUCUACCUGAGGACAGUCUGUCGUUGGGGUAGUAGGUGAGGAGGCGGCUGACGAGGUCGGUGGCCGCCGGGAAACGCUGCACCACGGCAUCCUCGAACUUGACACCCUGACACACGCGCGGGCAGACGAAUCCGUUGUGUGUGUAUAGGGCGUCCCUCUCGUACUCAUUCAUUCUUACCUGUCUGAGGACCCUUCGCACUUCCCGGUUGCUUUUGCAGUUGGACACGUCAAAGGGGAAAUGGCCGUCGAUCAACACAUAGCUGAAUGAGAUGAGCACACACACAGAGAGGGGGGCGAGAUAUGGAUGGUCUGAUUGGAUCGGUAUCUCGAUGUCUCUCGCAGUUUACUUACAGGAUGACGCCGCAUCCCCAGAGGUCUGACGCCUGGGUGUACUGACCCUUGUAACACUCAGGCGCCUGCACACACACACACAGCCAGCCACAGACAGACAUCUUCCCCACUGUCUGCCCGUUGCUGCUGUCUUGCCUUCCUUGUUGGUUGCGUACCAUGUACUCUCUUGUGCCGACUACAGAGAUCUCUCCCUCCUUCUCGACGGUCUUGGGGGAGUCGGCUCGGUCGAUGAACAUGCACAUAUCGAAGUCCAGGAGCACCACCUGGCCUCCAUUCCGAGGCCGGUCCUGGAAUAUCACAUUGUCAAGCUUGAUAUCACGAUGCAGAAGCUGACAGAUCAACGCACACAUCCACAAAUCACACAUACGGAGAGAUGGAGGAGUGAGCUCGGUGGGGGGAGGGAGACACGUGCAGGUGGGCCACCCAUCCCUCCCUUCAUUGCCCCACCCACUUACCCUAUGCUCAUGCAGGUGUCGGACAGCAGCGAGUAUGUUCUUCAUGAUCCGCUUGCAGUCCGCUUCCGGGAUGCCGCCCGGCUCGAACGACAGCACAAACUCGACCAGGUCGGGCCCCUUGCACUUCUCCAUGACAAUGUAGAAGUGCUCGGGGUCCUCCAACACCUCACGGAUCUUGACCAGGUUGGGGUGGCCGCGCCGAACUAUGAAGUCGUAGAUGUCGCGGAAGUACGACUCGUUCGCAACCAACCUGGAUGGACAGAAUGAGAGACGCAAUCAGAGAGAGCGUAUGUGUCCAGGGAGAUGGAUGUUGCACGGGUGUGUGUGUGUGUGUUGGUGGCGUGUACUUCUGCCGUGUCUUGUGGAUGCACUUGAUGGCGUGCUGCUGGUUGGUCCGCCGGCACACGGCGUCAAACACCACCGCAGUGCUGCACCAUACCAAACAGCACACACACACCACACAUCAUCGGUGUCUCGCCCCCUGCUGUGCUGGGCUGUGCUGUGCUGUGCACUAUGUGCUCAUUAGCUUACUAUCCGCUGCCGAGUUUCUCGUUCAUCUGGUAGAUGUCGUUGAUGUCGGCAACCGACUGGAUCAGGGUCGGCUCCCUGCGAUAUGGCUGAGGCACCAGCCCCCCGGCCUGACCCCCAUUGGUCAUGCUGCUAGCAGUGCUCGUCGGCGAGUCGCCUGCGCUUCCUGGCGAGGGGGAGGGCGGGGGAGGGGGGUAGCGCGGCACUGGCGGCACGCUGAACGGAUGGGACAUGUGCGGGGGGACGGUGGUGGGGAUGCCAGAGGGGUGGGCGAAGGACUGUGGCUCAGACGGUUGGAAGGAGGACGACGGCUGCUGUUGGUGCUGUUGGUGGGAGGGAGCCGGGUGUGAGCUGGAUCUUGGGGUGCUGGUCUGCAUGGGCGCAGGUCCGUUUGGCGCGAAGGGUCCGCCCUGGGCUCCGCCUGCCGCUAAAGUGAGUGGAGAGGGAGACGGUGGGCUGCGGGACAUGUUGGUGUUGUGCGAGUUAUUGUGGCUGGGUCCUGAGCUGCUCCCUGAUCCACUCGAGGCUCCUCCACUACCAUGCGGGACGGCUGCCUGACUUGGGCCGACCUGACGCGAUGACGGGGCGGAUGUGGCCAUGCAGCGGCAAUCAACCGAUCAAGCAACUUCCAAUCACCUGAGGGAAGGCACCGGAGAACACAACAGACAGACAGACAGACAGACAGCCACAGACACAGACACACACCCGCAGCAUGCAAGAGAAGAAGGAGUGAGACCGCUAAGCGCUGCGCUCUCCCUCACCAAAUUGUGUCUAUUACAUCCAUAUGGUUACCAGCGAUAUCUCAGUGUGUAUCCGAGCUCAGUCAGAAGGUGCCGAUGAUCCGAUACCGUCCGCAGCGGCCAGAUGGCAGUCUGCACUGGCCGAGAGGCAGAACCGAAGCAAGGUGACGGCAAAACUCCAAAUCCUCAGCUCCUUGGCCCUCGAGGGUUAUUCAGCAGCAGCGAAGGGACGAGCAGACACGCCGGUUGGUCCUCAGAGCGGAAUGCGUGUGUUGACAGCUGAUCCGGCAGACGAGACGAGAGUACACAGACGAUCAGAUUUUAUUUGCAUGCCAGGGGCGCCGGCCCGCGCUGCCUCGCCGAGGUCUUUCAGAAGCAGCGGAGCAUAAGACGGAGGGCUGGAAGGGAUGAGCCCCCAGUGAGCUGCCCUCCUUUCUUGUCGUCUUCAGCUCAUCGGAUCAGAUGCACACGGCCGGCAUGCCCCUUCUUUGUCUGCGUAUCUGCUGU